AUGCUGGAGCCAAGGAAUUCAACAGCAGUGAUAGAAGAAGUUACUGAUGCCCUCCAAAACGUCAUUCUACAGCAUGCAGAUAUCCGCACCUUCGUCCAACAUUAUGAAGUGGAUGUUGAUCUUGAUGUUCAGGGAAUUAUUCGCAAAACAGGUUCUCAAACACCAUUAGUGCGAUUUGCAUGCUCGUUGAGCGCCUCAAUUGACCUGAAUUGA